CAAGGUGUGGAGGUAGAAGAUGGGGGUCGUGAAGCUGUUUGCAACAGAAGGAAGCCUUUUCUGUGCUAGGAUUCAGUGGGCAUUGAAGCUCAAGGGUGUGGAGUAUGAGUUCAUAUUAGAAGAUUUAGCAAACAAGAGUCCCCUGCUCCUCAAGUACAACCCCAUCUACAAGAAGGUGCCUGUGCUCGUGCACGGUGACAACGUCGUCCUCGAGUCACUUGUGAUCCUCGAGUACAUCGAGGAUACAUGGAAGGAGCACCCGUUGCUGCCUCGUGACCCAUAUGACCGAGCCACAGCUCGUUUUUGGGCUAAAUUCAACGAUGAAAAGCUUGUGCUUCAAGUGUGGACAGCUUGCACGGGAGAAGGCGAAGCGCAGGAGAAGGCGAAAGAGUCUGCAUUAGAGUCACUAGCGCUUGUUGAGAAGCAGAUCGAAGGGAAGAAGUUUUUCGGCGGCGAACAAAUAGGGUAUCUAGAUGUAGUAUUGGGAUGGAUGCCUCACUGGAUAAGUGCUAUUGAAGAAGCUGGAGGCAACAAGAUACCUGAAGCAGAGAUGUUUCCGUCUCUCCACCAAUGGGGUCAGAAUUUCAUCCACACUCCACUCAUUGAAGAAUGCAUUCCGGCUAAAGAAGCAUUGGUCCCCUACCUCCGAUUUAUGAUCGGUUACAUCCGUUCCUCAUCCGCCAACAAACCAUGAUUUCGCACUCCAUCUCUUCACUUCCGAAUCUGAUUACUGUUUGAUUGAGUCUUGUUGUCAUCUAUGUAUUUGCUACAAUAAAUGAAAUAACGAAGAGAAGAGCAUUUCAGUUAA